AUGUCCUUUGAGAACGUGCCAACCCCCGAAGAUGCUGAAGAACCGGAAGAGAACGAUCGCGUAUUCCCAGAAACAGACCCUGCCGAAACACCAUUAAGACACAUACCCGGAAUCAAUAUCGAUAGCGAUGACGAGCUGGCCAAUGUGCCCGCUUGGAGUGGAUUAAAUGUGAGUGGCAAUGCGGAUGAAUUGGAAGCCCUACGUUGCAUUGUGUGCAAGACGAUGCCGUUCACGACGCUCUAUCAGUGCCAGCACGAGCAUCCUAUCUGCGCCGGUUGUUAUCAGAUGCGCGUGCUGGACAAGAUGCUCGGCGCCCAGCUGGGCACCUGUCCGCAGUGCGGCGUUCGCAUCUAUCGGCAUGAGCCGUACCGCAACCUCGCGGGCGAGCACACGCUCGCCCAGCUGAUGGUGGCCUGUGAGGAUUGUGGCGUCCACUUGCAGCGCAGCUUGCUACGCAAGCAUGGACUGGAGGAUUGCCCCCGGCGGCUGGUGCCGUGCAAGUACAGGCGCAUUGGCUGCAACUGGAAGGGCAUGCUGGGCGAAGCUGUGGCGACACAUGAGGAGAGCUGCGAGUACCAUGGCAAGCAGGGUCUGCAGCUGCUGGACGAGCUGCAGCAGCGCCAGGAGCAGCGCGACGCCAAGCAGUGUCUUUUGGGCAAGAUAAUGAAGCUGCUGCAGCUGCCACACAUCACAGUGCGCCUGCUGCAGUUGUUGCCGCAACUGGAGGGCUUUCCGCGCAACAACUUUAAGACUUGCGCCAUGUUCGAGGCAUUCAGCCAGCGCUGGUCCGUGCAGCUCAAAUGGCAGACACCGACCGAUGUCGAGGAACCAGCUGACCAGGCUAACUGUCCCUGCAGUUUGCUCUUUCAGCUGUGCCUCGAGUCGCCCGACGGUUGCCGCGGUCCGCUCGGACUUACCUACACAUUGGUCAGUGGCACCCACUCGGAUGUGCGAUUCCAGCCGAAUCUGUGCGAGAAGUGCGACUUCACACGGGAGAAUGUGCUCGGCCCGCUGACUCCACUCUAUCACAACUCUUGGCAGAGCUGCGCCAAGCUAUUAAACGAACGCGGUUUUUUCGGCCGUCUGCUUAUGGCUCGUAUAUAA